UUUACUCACCCUGCCAAAAAAAAAAAAAAAAAAAAGAGGAGGUCUGAGCUCAACGGCCGGUUCGAGCGUCAUCUGAUAUAGCGCGGGGUGUUCGCCCAAAUUCCUGCGGUUCCCUUCACCUGUUUUCAUACCGAAAGGGCCGUUCAAGGGUUCCUGGAUUUAUACCUUUUUACCCUUCUGGUCAACUCAUCCCUCUCACAACAUCAGCACGAGGAGCAAGCGGGAAAAGCAGAAGAGAUUGGAAACUUACCGGAAGCCAAAGGACCAUGGGUCCGACACACGACCACACCAUGAUCGCAAACCAAUCUCGAUGGGCAGUACUGAGGAAUGGCUCCUCUCGCCGGUCAAAAGUGCUCGUCGGCGCCUUGCUCAUUUUCCUAUUGUCCGCGAUCUUGGUACUGCAGCCACACUGGCACGUCGCCAGCUCCGGGCUACCAGUGCCUAGCUUACACCGACCUAUACCAGAGUCUACACCGAAGGCGCCGGCCGGGAGCGAUCGUGGCGAUAACGGGGCCGGCUCACGUACAGCUGUUUUGACCCCCGACGCUGAUGGGGUUCUGUUGUCUGCGGGAACGCCCAUUUUCACAUCCCCUAGCGGUCGUCAUGCUCUCGUUCUACAGGAUGAUGGCGAUCUGGUUCUCGAUAGGGUUGAUGACGACGGCAGCUCACAUGCCGUGUGGUGGACCGCGACAGGUGAUUUGCACAAGGGCGGGCGCACAGUCGUUCUUGAGAACAAAAAAGGUCAUGUUCGUAUCGUAUUAAACGCCAUGUUGAAGAACACUUGGACGACGGUUUGGCAUAGCGACCUCGAACCGGCCUGUAAGAAGACGAACGGAGGCGUCAUGGGACGUAGCGAGGACGACGAGUCGGAAACAAUCGCCAUGACGAAGAGAAGCUCUGGUCAACUUGAGCUGUCGGAUACAGGGAGACUCGCGAUUCCCGGGCUAUGCGAUUUGUACGUGCCACCGAGUGAGCGGGAAAAGGAGCGCAGCCUGGCUGUCAUCAUUGCCGGGUUGUACAGGACCAACCAUGUCACCUGCAAGACGCACAUGUCGGAACUCAUCGCCGACCACCCAGCUUUUUCAAGAAUCGACGUCUUCGCCUACAUGCUCUACGAGCCCGCCGACGUAGAUGUGUUCAACCGAACUAAGGAAUCCAUCGAAGCGAGCCUACGGGAGUGCUAUGGCUCACACUUGCGGUCGGUUGACGUUCUGCCUGUAAGCGAGAUAGAGGUAGAAUACCCCGGCGGCAAGGAGGCGAUGAUGGCGACGCCGUGUGGUAAGAGGCUGGGCAGAUUGAACAAUCAGCUGAAAACUGUAUCGCUGGCGGCGGAACGGUGGUGGGCUUGGAGUGUCGCCAACGGAUAUACCCACGAUACAGUACUGCGGAUUCGGCCGGAUACGUCGUUGUGGGCGAGACCUCAGUUCAAGACGCUGGAGGAGCUGGGUCCAAACACGCUCAUUCUGCCACACCCGCGAGGUGAACACUACUUCUACUGCGCCCGUAUGAGCGGACGCGUCGGCGUUGGACCAACCGAUCAAAUCGCGUACGGAAGCGCCGCGGCCAUGGGCCAUUGGCUGUACAUGUACGAUCGGUUCCAACAGAUGGUCGACCUUGCAGCGAAUCCCUCUCGACCGGCGCUCCGUGACUUCUCCGGAUGCGAGGUUAUGCCAUCAGGACCCUUGGCAAGCGACUGCCCAACGCCGGCGCCUUGCUCAAUUGAGUGUCUUGUAGCCUGGUUUCUCGAGGCCCGCGGUGUGGACUUCCACAUCGAGUGGGGAUGGGAGCAGAACCCUCUGAGGUGGAAGGAUAUUGGCCAGCUUGGCGCAGAGGAAGAGAGGCUGGCCGAUCACGACGAUGAGGACGAUGGGAUGACGUGGGGGUAAGAGGGUUUGGAGGUGAGACAGUAGGAGAGGUGGUUCAUUUUCCUAUGUUGUUUGUUUUGGAAAGCGUGGUGUUUGGGUGAUUUGUGAAGCCCUUGAAUUCAAGUGCCAGGUUCGAAAUGUGUAAGCGAAGGAAGGAGUGACGGAUGGUUGUGCAUGUGACUUGCAUUGGGUAUUUCUUCGCUUGAAGAAUCGAAAAGAACAACAUGAAAGCGGGAGAACCCGCGAUAGCAUAAGAAAAGGCUCAUAAAGGGCACAGCUCAAGCCAAAAAAAUGAAACAAGUUGAAAAGAAG